GCCACCUCAAAAUUCACGUGUGCUCUAUUUUCCUAAUGUGGCAUUAGUAGUCCUGAUGAUUACGAGUUUGUAGUAUUAUCUCACUAUUGUUAUGGGAAGUAGAUCAAUUUCAUUCAUUCGAUAUAUCAUUGCACCAAUGCACCUCCUGCCCAGCCUGAGCAUUCUCGAUCCCCUUUCCCAAACCCCACCGGAACCCCAACUCCGGCCGAAAUGGAGGGCGGUCUGCCGCAGCCGCCGCCGGCGGCAUCCAAGGUGCUCGACGACCACGGAAUCCUCGCCGAGAUCCUCCUCUGCGCCGCCAAAAUUGACGGAGAGUCGACUCCGCCGCCGCCGCCGCCGUCCGUAUCCAAGGUGUUCGACGACGACGACCUCCUCGCCGAGAUCCUCCUCCGCGUCGGCCUCCCCACCGCGCUCGUCCGCGCCGCCGCCGUCUGCAGGCGCUGGCUCCACCGCGCCUCCCGCCGCGACCUCCUCCGCCGGUUCCGCGAGCGGCACCCGCGCCGCCUCCUCGGGUUCUACGUCGUCGAGGUGGACUGUUCGGCGGCGCCGACCGUCCCGCGGUUCGUGCCGGUGCCGCCUCAGCCGCCGGAGCUCGCUGCGGUGGUCCGCCGCGCGGCCUCCAGCCUGGGCGCCUACAUGAGAGAACACGGCGCGCCGAGCUCCAUCAUGGACUGCCGGAAUGGCAGUCUGCUCAUGAGGCACGAGCGCCACGACCACGACCAGACCCGGUCGACACUCCGGGCGCACAGCCUGCUGUGCCCCCAGAGGGGCAACGUCGUCUUACCGGGGUUCCCAUUCCCCCGACUCCGGUUCGGAAGCUCCUACACAUACUCCGGAAUCCUCUCCAAGGAAGAAGGCGACGGUGUGUCCUACUUCUAUGUGUCGAUGCAGUCUACCGUGGACAGGAAACACACGCACGGCCUAUGUCUAUAUGUUGCAAGGUGGUGUCUGGGUUAUGCAUAACUUGACCAUAGGCCAGAUCCCUCCUCCGCGGCCGGAUCUGGAAUCCGUGCUCGUAAAAAAUAAGAUGUAUAUGCCGGCCGCUAAGGGCGAUGUUGUUGUCUUGGAUUUGACGGCCUCGACAUUCUCAACGAUUCAGCUCCCACAAGGGGUCGAGCAUGUCGCGAGAAACACCAUCUUGUCACGGGCAGAUGAUUCAGCUGGUGUAUACCUUAUCAAUGUCAAAGUGCUUGAACUUCGUAUCUGGCUCCACAAGGGGGGUGACUGGUUGUUAGUGGACAACAUUUGCUUGCGUGACAUGUUAGCUGGUUUGAGUAUGCUGGAUGGCAAUGCUUCUCUCCAGAUAAAGCAGGUGGGGGACAAUGCCGAGUUUGUGUUGCUGGAGAUGAUGUCGCAAUACGCACUCUACCUGGAUAUCAGGUGCAGGACACUGCAUAAAGUGUAUGAGGUGACUAAAGAGGAUCGAUAUUUGGGUGAUAUACAUCCUUUUAUGAUGAUAUGGCCUCCAACGUUCCCUGCGCUCAAGGAUGAUCCUGCAACUGCAAGAGAUGCCAUGUGAAGAACAGGCCUAUAACUGGGAGUUGCUGGAUGGUAUGUACAUAUGUCAGUGCUAAGCUUUGGCGGGUGCAAUCAAAGAUGAGCACCAGUAGUACUGAACGCCUUUCCAUGUUUUAUCCUUCAGGCUUAAGUAAAAGGCAGUACAUUUGGUUGCUUAGUUUCUUCUCCGUACUUGGUUUGGAGACUCCAAAAGAUCUAGUGCAAUGAAUUGUUUUAUUUUCUCGGAGAGUAGAAGUCGCUGCCUGCCUCGACGUGUUACUUGUCAUCCACUUAAGCCUUACCAGGAAAGAGUUCAGUUGACUGAAUUUUGCUGCAUGCAUGCUUUCUCUGAACUAACUGAACACCAUGUCUGAAUUUUGCUGUUUGCAUGCUUGCCUGGCUGUUGCACAAACUAUAUGUAGGAGGUCUCUGUCAAAAGAAUGAAACGAUCAUGUACAAAAA